AUGGCAAACUUCACGGAGAAGCCAGAGGGUUACGAGGUUAUCGACACGGUCGAAGCACGCGAGAAGUCGGUUAGCGACUCUACGAUCCAGCCUGAGGACUCUCAGGUCGGUGAAAAGGAGGCCGCGAUGCCUUCGCGCGAGCCCACUGCCGAUAUCGAUGACGACGCUGCCGCUGCGGCACUUGCUGCUGUUCACAUUUCUUCCCGCGAGUCGUCACCUGAGAUGGAGGCACAUGUCGAGGAGACCGAGCCCGGAGCUCGUUUUGUUCGCGUCGUUUACUUCAAGGGAGGCCGUCGCCACGGUCGUCGUUCGCACCCGCGUGACCACUUCCAAGGCCCUCCUCCUCACCACCCUCACCACGGAGGCCGUCACCAUCGUGGCGGACCUCCCCCUCCCCCUCCCCCUCCGGGUUUCUCGCCCGAGGACCUGCCCCACGCUCCCCCUCACGGCCCUCACGGCAAGCAUGGAAAGCACGGCGGCAAGCACAGCCACGGCGACAAGGAACGCAAGCGGGGAGGCAGCCCCCCUCCUUGGGCCGGCAUGAAGUUUAACUGUCACGAUUGUCACUGCCACAACCGCGCCGACAAGGACCAGUCGACUAGCGAGAGCGAGUCUGAAGAGUUCUGCGACCCUCGCUUCUGCUUUGCCGGACCCCGCCCUCGCCACUGCGGCAGGGGAGCUCCAUUCGGCAGGGGUGGACCGCACGCCGGCGGCUUCCCCUUCCAGCACCCCGCGAUGUGGACUGGCUUCGACCGCCCUCCUCCUCCCCCCUUCGGUCUAUUCGGCGGCCCCGGCAAGUUUGGCCACGGACGCAAGCACCACAAGCACCACGGCAGGGGCAAGGGCGACAAGUUCCGUCACUUCCCCUACGGCUUGCCCGUCGAGAUUGAGAUUCCCGAGGGUGUCGACCCCAACGACAUUGACUUUGCCGCCGAGUUCGCCCGCCUCAAGAAGGACCACAAGACUGCUCGCAAGGCCGCCAAGGCCGCUUAUCGCGAGCACUUCAAGGCCGACAAGAGGGAGCGCAAGCGCCACCACAAGCACGGCAAGAAGGGCAAGGGCAAGGAGACUUCCUCGUCGUCCUCUUCUUCAUCGUCCUCUUCGUCCGAGUCCGAGUCCGACGAACCCCAGUUCCGCGGGGACUACCCUUUCCACGGUCGUCACCAUGGACGACACGGCGCUGCUCCCUUCGCCGGUCCAUUCGAUGGACCUUGCGGCAGCCACUUCGGCAAGUUUGGGCCUCAGUCCUUUGAGACUGCGGGCCCCUCCGACCACCCGUUCGCCCGUGUAUUCCACCACGGCAGCAUGCGCGGCGGUCGCCACCACGCAUUCGGUGGUCGCGGAGGACACCAUGGUCGUGGGCCCCGCCCCGACUUUGAGCGUCCCGAGCGCCCCGAGUUUGCGUUCUUCAGUGGCGCGGGUGAGCAAGACUUCACCCCGCACUUUGGUCAUGGAUUUGGAGGUCGUCGUGGGCACCACCACGAGUUUUUCGGCGCUGGCACCGACACUGAGACGCGCCAGUUCGACAGGCGAGGCCACCACCACGGUCAUGGCCACGGGGAACGUCGCGGUGAGCGCCAGUAG